CGAGGUUGGACGAAAUGUUUUGAGUUGCGUCGUCAUGCCUCGUACCCGCCGUGCACUGCCUUUGUCGCCAGCUUUUAUCAUCGACCUCCAACUUCAGAAACGCCGAGUGAAAUUAUAAAGCUAUAGACCAACAUUCAAAGCAAAAAUAGUCAUGGCUUCGCGCUUGAGUUCCAAAUCAGCCCGAAAGUGCAAUUUUUUCCCCCCCAAAAAAUCAAAACCCAGAGCCCACCCGAGCUUUGAUAUCUCCAGAAAUUCUCAAGAAAAUCUCAGGAAUAGUGAGGGAAUCGCGGCCACGGCCCACUCACAAACUACCAGUGCAGAAAUGACUAAUAGUGUAUAUACAAUCCUGACAAUUGAUCGUUGGGAGUCGUUGAAUUUUAUGAAAUAUAAAACAGCAAAAUUGAGGCCAGUUCAUGGGAGGCUAGCUUUGAAAUUCUUGAAGUGGGUUGUGAAGCAGCCAGGUUUGGAGCUUAAUCACAUAACUCACUUGUACUGUAUCACAACCCAUAUUCUUGUCAGAGCACGAAUGUACGAUUGCGCUAAAUCGAUAUUGUACCAUUUGUGUGAAAUGGGUUUGGGAUCAAGUUCUAUUUUCAGUGCCCUCAUGGAUACAUAUCCUCUGUGCAAUUCAAACCCUGCUGUUUUUGACCUGCUAAUCAGGGUUUAUGUAAGAAAUGGCGCAAUUAGUGAUGCUAUAGAGACUUUUCGUUUGAUGGGUUUUAGGGCUUUUAAACCUUCGGUGUAUACUUGUAAUAUGAUACUGACGGCUACUGCAAAGGUGGGCAGGUUUGAGCCCGUGUGGUCAUUCUUUGGUGAAAUUCUUGCAAAAGGCAUUUGCCCGAAUGUUGCAACAUUUAACAUACUUUUGAACGUGCUUUGUGCGGAUGGGAAACUGAAAAAGGCAAGUUAUUUGCUGAGGAAAAUGGAGGAGAGUGGCUAUGCUCCUAACGUGGUGACUUACAACACGGUACUCAAUUGGUAUUGCAAGAAGGGCAGAUAUAAAGAAGCUAUUCAGAUGUUGGAUCGCAUGAACUGCCGCGGUAUUGAGGCUGAUGUGUUUACGUAUAAUGUACUCGUGGAUGAUUUAUGCAAGAAUAAUCAAAGCUCAAAAGGGUAUUUACUCUUGAAAAAGAUGCACGAGAGGAAGAUAGUUCCGAAUGUAGUCACCUAUAAUACUCUGGUAAGUGGUUUUGUCAAAGAAGGGAAAAUUGCAGUUGCUGGGAAACUUUUUGAUGAAAUGUCUAAGGUUAAUAUAUUGCCGGAUUGCAUUACUUACAAUGUGCUGAUUGAUGGGCAUUGUUGUUCAGGCAAUUUUGUGGAAGCUUUUGAAUUUCUGAAUAAAAUGGAAGCUAGGGGAUUAAGGCCUAAUGAGGUUACUUACGGAACUCUUUUACAUGGACUAUGCAAGCACGACAAGUUAGAUUGGGCGAAUAGUUUACUUGCGAGAAUAAAGAUGGAUGAUGUUAGUGUGAAUUCUUUAAUGUAUACUAUGCUAAUAGAUGGAGUAGGCAGAAAUGGGAUGCUGGUAGAAGCCAUGAAGUUGGCUGAUGAAAUGUGUAAGGAUAAUGUGAAUCCUGACAUUGUUACUUAUUCCGUUCUUGUGAAUAGGUUUUGUAGAGCUGGAAAGAUGCAAUGUACAAAGGAAGUCAUGUGUAAAUUAUUUAAAUCCGGUAUAAAACCGAACAAAAUCGUAUAUUCUACGUUAAUUUACAAUUUGAGCAGACAGGGAGAUAUAAAUGAAGCAAUCAGAAUUUAUACAGUCAUGCUUCGUAGUGGAUUUUCUGCAGACCUUUUCGUUUGUAACAUGUUGAUAUCUACACUGUGCAAAAAUGGGAACAUGAUUGAGGCAGAAGUUUUUCUGCAUCACAUCCAUAGAACUGGUCUUACUCCAAAUUCUAGCACCUUUGAUGCUAUUAUUGGUGGAUGUGGAAAAUCAGGAGACGGGUUGAAAGCAGUUAAGUUGAUUGAUGAAAUGGUUAAAUUUGGUUUUCAGCUCAAUUCAUUCACGUACGAGAGUCUGUUGAGAGGACUGUGCAGAGGAGGAAAUCUAAAGGAGGCACUGGAAUUGUUUUAUAAACUUCAAAACACUCCUUAUGCUGUGAACACAGUCGUUUUGACAACAAUUUUCUCUGAGAUAUGUAAACAUGGUGAUUUCAAGUUAGCACUAGUUCUUUUAGAGCAGAUGGUUCAAGCUGGUCUGUUUCCUGAUAGCUAUACAUACGAUUGUCUCAUCUCUGGUUUAUGUAGAAAUCAAAGGGUUACCACAGCCAUUCUUUUACUCCAACGUGCAUUGCAAAGAGAAAUUAUUUCUCCAAAUGAGUUUAUGUAUUCCAGCAUCAUAAACGGGCUCGUCAAGAUUGGCCAAGCACAAGCUGCAAUUUACUUCUUUGACGAUUUGUUGAUGAGUGGUCUGAAUCCCGACAUAGUUACCCUUAAUGCAGUUAUUUAUGCGUGCUCGAGAGUAGGUAAACUGGAUAAGCUGAAAGAAAUCUUCAGAAUGAUGGAAAAUCGAAAUUUAUCCCCCAAUUUGACUACGUAUAACAUUCUCUUACAUGGGCAGUCAGCACGAAAGGACAUUGCGAGUUCCUUGGCAUUGUACAAAACCAUCUUGAGAGAAGGCCUUGUUCCAGAUAAAUUCACCUUUCAUUCUCUAAUGCUUGGGUUGUGUAAGUCUGGCAUGGUGGAAAUCACUGUUAAGUUCUUGAAAACGGUGAUCAUGAAAGGGACUCUUGUAGAUCAACCCACUUUUGAUAUGCUAAUAUCAAUGCUCAGUCAGAAAGGUGAUAUGUCGAAAGUCUUUGAUUUGUUAAGUAUCAUGAAGUACAUGAAAAUUUCGCCUGGCGAACAAACUUUCUCUUCUAUUUUCAAUGGGCUGAAAAGGACGUCACGUUUUCAAGAAUCCUACUUUCUUCUUCUUGAAAUGCUCCAAAACGGCUUUGUUCCUAGCAAUAAACUGUACAGCCGCUUGAUAACGAGUAUGUGUAAAUCGGGAAACAUACGAAGCACGUUUGAGGUAAAAGACGAUAUGGCGAAACUUGGUGUCGGCUUAGGCCACGUGGCCGAAAAUGCAAUUGUUAGAGGGCUUGUGCAGAAUGGGAAAUUAGAGGAGGGAAUAUUUCUGCUUAAAUCGAUGAUUAGAGAACAAAUUAUUCCAACGAUUCCAACUUUCACGACCGUUAUUCACGCGCUCUGCAGAGAAGGUAGAGUGCGUGAGGCCCUCGAUUUAAAGCAUUUGAUGGAUUUGAAAGGAGCUAAGCCUGAUGUUGCUGUUUACAAUGUGUUUUUAACUGCCAUGAGUCGAGACGGUGAUUUUGCUCGUGCGUUUGAAAUGUACGAGGAGAUGAAACAGAGGAGCUUGUGUCCUAAUACAACCACUUUUUCGAUUCUUGUUCGUGCGGUUUUGUUUGAAAACAAUCGUGUAAUGGGUGAAAGGAUUUUGAUGGAGUUGGAGGAGAGAGGAUUGGUUAGUCGGGAUAUUAGUCGAGCUUGGGAUAAUAGGUUGGCUGAUGCUUUAGAGUUUAUCGAUAACUUAAGGCACAAAAGAUGGCGAGAAAGAGACUGAUGAGUCGAGCUAGUUGGACUUGUUCGUAAUUCUUUAUCUUUCUUGGAUUUUUGGAUUGCGGGGCAUUUAACUUGGUCUUUUGAGCCAUUAACUUGCUCUUCCCUGAACUCUAUGUUCGUUACAGUGAACAGACCUUGAUUCUAUAGGAUCAUAUGUUGGGAGAGACUUGGAACAAUUUGGAUAAGUGGAUCCAAGAUGAAUCGAGAGAUCUACUUGAAACAAUUACUACCUCCAGGAGCCAUGAGGAAAAUAAAAUAAAAACUGUGAAGGUGUCCCUUCUCAGAGGAGAUGGAGCCGAGUCGGAGGAGGCAGCAGCAGACAACUAUCGAUUGUGAGUUUUCAGUCUUUAUAUUUAUGGAUUGUGGAGGCAAUAGCAGUGGCAAGCUGUUGGAGAGACGGAGAGGGAUUAAUAUCUACUAUUAGUUAAGUCUUUUUAGUGUGUGCUUGUUUAUAUUUUUUCUAUUUUCUUUUUGGUGUGUGUUAAAAUAGGUACUACUAAAAUAGGUAAUUGUUUUACAUUACAUAGAUAGUGGAUGCACACUAGCUAACUGUUAGUUUGUAUACUAAGAGUUCGAUUUUUGUUUACAAAUCAAAUGUAUUUUCAACGUUUAUGAAUGAGAAUCAUGUUUAGUCA